AUGUCUGCUGCUGCCGUUGUGGUGCUAAGACACAACUGGCCGCCCCAGGUGGUGCUGCGGGAGCAGCAGCAGCAGCAGCAGCAGGCGCUGCUCGGAGCUGCGCCCUUUAGCUGUCUCUCGUGCCUCCGCAGCAGCAGCAGCUGCUGCUGCUGUCCCUUUAGCAGGCCUCCCGCUGUAAACUGCCUUUGUGGAGCAGAUUUGGAGGAGCAGCAGCAGCAGCUGUUGUGGUGCUGCAGCAGCAGCAGCAGCAGAACCACACGCACAGGGGGACGAAUGCCUCAGAUGUCACCUCUGCAGCAAUUAAAAGCUAUAUUUAAAGUAGCAAACGAAAAAUUGGUCCCUAACAGCAGCAGCAACAGCAGCAGCAGCAGCAGCAGCAACCGUAGUGGUAGCUGGAGAGUGACCAGCCCCAGCAGCAACACGCAUGGCAUGCGCUCAACGCAGCAACUGCAGCAGCAGCAGCAGAUGCUUCUUAUAAAGACAAAAUUAAACAAAAAAUAA